AUUCUACCUCUGCAGUCAUGGCUUUCCCUGUGGGAUUCGGAUGGGGAGCAGCCACGGCUGCAUACCAAGUAGAAGGAGGCUGGGAUGCAGAUGGAAGAGGCCCUUGUGUCUGGGACACAUUCACUCAUCAGGGAGGAGAGCGAGUUUUUGAGAACCAGACUGGUGAUGUAGCUUGUGGCAGCUACACUCUGUGGGAAGAAGAUUUGAAAUGUAUCAAACAGCUUGGAUUGACUCAUUACCGUUUCUCUCUUUCCUGGUCACGUCUGUUACCUGAUGGGACGACAGGUUUCAUCAACCAGAAAGGAAUCGACUAUUACAACAAGAUCAUAGACGAUUUGUUAAAGAAUGGUGUGACGCCCAUAGUGGCCAUCUAUCACUUUGAUUUGCCUCAAGCUUUGGAAGACCUAGGAGGUUGGUUGUCAGAAGCAAUUGUAGAAGCCUUUGACAAAUAUGCUCAGUUUUGCUUCAGUACCUUUGGAGACCGAGUGAAGCAGUGGCUCACCAUAAAUGAGCCUAAUAUUCUUGCUCUUUUGGCCUAUGACAUGGGUAUCUUUGCUCCUGGUGUGCCUCAUAUUGGGAUUGGGGGUUAUCAAGCAGCUCAUAAUUUGAUUAAGGCUCAUGCCAGAUCCUGGCACAGCUAUGAUUCUUUAUUCCGAGAAGAACAGAAGGGUUUUGUGUCCCUAUCAUUAUUUUUUUGCUGGCUAGAACCAGCAGAUCCCAACUCAGAGAUUGACCAGGAAGCUACUAAGAGGGCCAUCAAUUUCCACUUGGAUUUCUUUGCUAAACCCAUAUUUAUUGAUGGUGAUUAUCCAGAUGUUGUCAAGUCCCAGGUUGCCUCCAUGAGCAAAAAGCAAGGCUAUCCAUCAUCAAGGCUUCCAGAAUUCACAGAGGAAGAGAAGAAAAUGAUCAAAGGCACUGCCGAUUUCUUUGCUGUUCAAUAUUAUACAACUCGCUUAGUCAGGCAUCAGGAGAAUAAGAAGAGAGAACUGGGCUUCCUUCAGGAUGUGGAGAUUGAAUUUUUUCCUAAUCCAUUUUGGAAAAAUGUGGGUUGGAUCUACGUGGUACCAUGGGGAAUACGAAAACUACUGAAAUAUAUUAAGGAUACAUAUAAUAACCCUGUAAUUUACAUCACCGAGAAUGGGUUUCCCCAGUGUGACCCCCCAUCUCUUGAUGACACUCAGCGUUGGGAGUAUUUCAGACAGACAUUUCAGGAACUAUUCAAAGCUAUCCAUGUUGAUGAUGUCAAUCUCCAACUCUACUGUGCGUGGUCGCUUCUGGAUAACUUUGAGUGGAACAAUGGAUACAGCAGACGGUUUGGUCUCUUCCACGUUGAUUUUGAAGAUCCCGCUAGACCCCGGACUCCAUACAGAUCAGCCAAGGAAUAUGCCAAGGUCAUCAGAGACAAUGGCCUGGCAGGCGCUAUGUAGGGAAGGCAGUUGGGAAAUGCCCUGCUGGAAGGACUGAGGGACGCAUUGGUCAUGUCUCUCAAGUUGCCUCUGUCUCAAUGGUCUGUGAUUAUAAAGCCUGAAACCUAAGACUAUAUCUGCUGAGAAGCUCUACUUGGCUAACGGCAUUUUAUCACACAGCAUCUUAGAUAGUGAAAUAGAGAAUCACAGAAAUUAAGUUUUAUUAAAAAUUUUGGUUUGAUUUAAAAACUUCAAUUUAAAUUCUUAGAAUAAUCUCCUAGAAAAGGAACAGUGAGUUUAUAAAGAUAAUAUACUGUUUAUUUGUAACUCUAACAGCAGAAACCUUAGAAGGGUAGAUUAUUGUUACAAAGGGAGAUUUAUGCACCUCCUUACUUUGGCUACAUAGCUAUUUUUGCUUUGGAGAAGAUCUCUGUUAGUGUUUGAUCCAUAAAAUUUCCAGUAUUUAAUCUAGCACAGAAUAGCCAAGCUAAAAGCCACAACAUACGUUCUAUACAACAGAGGAAAUGAUAAUAUAUUUAAUGAAAUAUAUAUGUUAAUAUGUUCAUGAUAUGUUUUGUCAAUGAUUGGUUAAAUAUGUCUUUCUUUUGUCUAAUGAAAUUUGGAAAAUGUUAAAAAAUAAAAUGAAUUACGUUUUGAAUGGAA